AUGACCAGUUUAUUCAAGCCUAUCAAAGUUGGCCGUGCUAGGCUAAGCCACCGUAUAGCCAUGUCGCCCAUGACUCGUCUUCGCUCCGACGAUGGCCAUGUCCCUCUGCCCAUGGUCACGGACUACUAUUCGCAGCGUACAGCCGUCCCAGGCUCCCUGGCCAUCACCGAGGGCACCUACAUCUCUGCCAAAGCCGGGGGCUACGAUUCGGCCCCGGGCAUAUACUCCCGGGAGCAGAUUGCCGCGUGGAAAAAAGUCACCGAUGCCGUUCAUGCAAACAAGUCGUAUAUUUUCCUGCAGCUGUGGGCGCAAGGCCGCACUGCUGAAGUUGACGUCUUGAAGCGCGAGGGUCCUUUUGACCUUACUUCCAGCAGCGACAUUCCCAUGGGCGAGGAUGCUGCUUCACCCCGGCCACUCACCGAGGAGGAAAUCUACUCCUUCAUCGAGGACCACGCACAGGCUGCCAGGAAUGCCAUCGAGGCUGGUUUCGACGGCGUCGAGAUUCACGGCGCCAACGGCUACCUCAUUGAUCAGUUUACCCAGGACACGGCCAACAAGCGUACGGAUCAGUGGGGAGGCAGCAUCGAGAACCGGGCUCGCUUUGCGCUCGAGGUUACAAAGGCUGUCGUGGCCGCCGUUGGCGCCGACCGUACUGGCAUUCGCCUAAGCCCUUGGAGUUCGUUCCAGGGAAUGCGAAUGGACGACCCGAUUCCCCAGUUUACAUAUCUCGCUGGGAAACUCAAGGAUUUCGGGCUGGCCUAUGUGCAUCUGAUCGAAUCACGAUCCGGCGCCGACGCAGCAGCCAAGGCCACUGACAGCCUCGACUUUUUUUUCAACGAGUACAAUAAGGCUUCCCCGAUUCUAGUGGCAGGCGGAUAUGAUGCUACGCUUGCAAAGGAGGCUGUUGAUUCAAAGUACCACGACUAUGAUACCAUCGUUGUCUUUGGGCGACCGUACAUCUCGACACCCGACUUGCCGUUUAGGGUCAAGGAAGGGCUGGCAUUUAACAAAUACGACAGGAGCACCUUUUACCUUGCCCGAUCUGACAAAGGAUAUAUUGAUUAUUCCUUUAGCGACCAGUUCAACCAAGUCAGGGCUAAAGCCUAG